UUCAUCUUGCCUGUUCAAUGUGCUACGGAAGCUGCCAUGGUUCCCUCAAAGUGUUUUUUGGAGCUACAUGCGGCUCGAAUGCACUGAUUUGCAUUUGAAUUCAAUCAUUUCGAACUGGGAGUCGACCAUUAAUUAUGCGGUUUAUUGCCAUAAGAAAUUGCCCCUUUAUAUUGUCCACGUUUUCCAAUAUUAAUUAUGUUUAGAAUCUGCCAUUCAUGUUUUAUUCGUUAAGGGAAUUUCUUCAAAAAUUAUUAUUAAAAAAGAAAAGGUUAACAAACGCACAUUUCUUUGACCUACUUCCUGAUAACUUCUAUGCGAUGAAAACGAAAAUGCUUCUGCCACAGUAUCAAUUAUUGCAAAAAUUAUGUAUGUUUGAUUGAUCUUUCCCUUGGCGUACAGCCGCCACAGACAGCAACACACAAACAAGUAAGCCAAACGAAAAAGCAAAAAAAAAAUGCACACUUUUCGCGAGAUGUUUUGCAAAUGUGCGUCCAGGGAGAAGAGGAGAAAAAAAAUGAUCGCUACUGCAUGCUGUUACUAGUUGAAACGGGUGAUCAAAACAUUAGAAAGAAAGCAUCGAAAAACAUAGUUGAAUAGAAGAAAAAAAACAACCACCACACACCGAAGAGAGUCGAAAGAAAUGUGGUACGAACCAGAGAGCUGGGCGGUAGCGAAGAAAGAAACUCUCACCGAAGGGAGAUGGCGCGCCAAAGCAACGUUGCAUUUGUGGGUGAUUGGAAAGAGAGAGAGAGCGAGCGAGAACAGGCAAAAAGGGGGAAACAGACAAACAAAGCGACCGAGAGUAGCCGUUGCAAAGGAAAGGUACCAAAACCGUGCCGGAGUGGAACAAAAUGGUUUAACAUAGUUUUAUAGCUGGCCACGGUAUCAUACGCCAGUAAGCCGUCUCGUCGUCGACAGCACACCGAGUCAGCAGCUCCGUUCAGACAGUGCACAGCGUAAGAGGAAUCGAGUUUUAACCGCGCCGCACGAUCGUUUGUUUUUGAUCCGUCGUCAGGUGCAUCUCCUAGUGCCCCAGUGUUAAGAGCAGAAAAAGGGGGUUUCUCGCUUGCAGACUGUGCUAAAUGGGACAGUGAAGACUUGCUAUGGGGAUCGGAUGAAAACGAUCGCUAUCCUAGUUAAAUUUAAGGAUCCCAUUUUAAAGGUGAUCCUUUCGUCUACAACUGCACGGUAGAGCCGUACGAUCAUUGGUGAAGUGUAAAUUUAUUGUGCAUGUUUUGGUUGUGUUUUAAUUGUGGAGUUUGUGAAGUUUGUGGUGCAUUUGCUUACGUUUAUUGGAAAUUUCUUCCAGUGUGAUUAAAUUAUAGUCUUUUUCCCCAUUAACGCUACCGAGCGAAGGAUAGCAACAGAAAAAAGUAAAUUUAUCGAAGAAGGAAAAAAACAUAUAUCUACAAACGACAAAUUACACCCCAGGGCGCGGAAAACUGAGAAGCCAACGCGCGUGUUACCAUAUUAUUAUUAUUUUUGUUUUGUUUACGUUUAUCAAUAGUUUACCGCUUCCGAGAGAAAGUCCUGUGUACGUACGAAACGAGAAAGUGUUGAAAUAGCAAAAAAAAGAAACGUUCCACCGAUCCUGGAACGUGCGGGAAGAAACCUGUAAGGAGUUUCCCACUCCAGCCAUACCUGCCCACAGCCGAACGGACGUAACGUUCAAAAUCACCCACCUCGAACACCGCCGUAAAUGAGUACGGUCGGAAAAUGGGGCUCGGUAACAAUUUGACUCUGAUCAUCCGAAUAUGGCUGGCUGUAAUUAUCUUCCAGUACGGUCACAGCGAGAAUGUCGAGCCGAGGGCACUAGAAUUAUCAGUACCAUGGCGACCGAUACCGUAUCAUGUGCCCCAGCAGCAGCUGCAGCAACCACAACAAUCGCAGCAACUGAUCAGCGUUGCCAGCUUCGACACGACGAGCAAGGACGAACUGGUUCAUAUCGCACAGCACAAUGCGCAGAUCCUGAAGCAGUUCAACCAACCGAUCGCCCAGUACAGUCAACAUUCGCAGGGUGGCAUGAAGGUGCAGAUCACAACACACCAACAAGCACCUGGACCUAGUCCAGCAGCUGCUGUACAGCAACAUCAUCAACAUCAUCACCAUCAUCAUCAGCAUGGUGCACCUUCGUUUGGGCAUACGCCGGCCGGUCCACCCAAGUACAUGACAACGCCGCUGUUGCAAACGAUCUAUCCAGCGGCACCACACAAACAGCAACAGUCACCGGUACAGUCUAAACCGUUCGUCAAGUCUGAUCAAAUCACCACGCUCAAUAUGGUGCACAGUUCGACACCGAAGAUCGCAGCUGCCAUCUCCACGCACGGUGCAGUCGGUGUCAAGUCGGGCAAGUUCAACGGACAGUUCAGAGAUGUUCAACCAACAAGCGUGCAAAAAUCAACGCUCAAACCCCAUCCGGUCAUGAACAAGCUGCAGUCUCAUCUGGGCAUCACUGGCUUCCGGCAGAAACAACCAAUCGCUACCAGCUCGAAUCGUUUGGAGCAUUUCAUCAACCCGAAUCAUCUCUACGGCACCUACAUCCAGUUCGGUCAGUCGCCCGCUCUGAGUCCUGCCUCUUUGGCGCCCUCCAAAACGAAGUUUCUCAGCCAGUUGGGCUCGGGAGUGCCAACUUUCGACACGCAAACGCUCAAGAGUUUCUUCAAUGCUCCCGGCUACACGCCAAGCAUGGGACAGUUCAAGAAGCUUAACUUCAUCCAACAACAACAGCAACUCCAACAAGGCGCUAGUGGAAAGUUUUCCUUCCCACACUUUAACCAAAUACCCGCUGAUCUCUCCGAAUUCCCGAAGAAGUAUGUAACACCUUCGUCGGCGGAAAAGGAACUCACCAAGACUGGUUCGGGUGGGCUCGAUUCGACUCCUCUUUUUCCACAUCUUCCACCGAGCGUGCUGACACCGUUCUUCCAGCAAGUUCAGCAGCAACAGCAACAGCACAGUUCUUCGUCCAGCUUCAUCUCCGGUAACAAGUACAAUAAUUUCAAUUUGAAAACACAACAUCCGGCACCGCCGGUUUCGUCAGCGGUAGGAUCGACUGGAGGAUCUUCGACGAAGCAUAGCUUCACGCAGGGACAAUUCCAACCGGACCGUGAGUCGCUCAGCAACUUCGGCAGUCAAGUUUUCGGUGGCGGGGCAUUCAGUGCCUACAGCACCCAGCAGCCGCUCCCAAUCGAGCACAAACCGUACGAGGUCGUCAAAUUUAAGGAAUCUCCAGGAAAACAGCUGUCGACCAAGUUCAACGAAAUACACGAUGAGUACAGUAAGAACCUGGUCCCACCCCCACCAAGCACCCAGCAGGCAUUCUUACCAACAGUGCUGAAUCACCUUGCGGAAUCAUCACCCAGCAAGGAUCCGAUUGAAAUUCUGAAUAAAUACAACAUCAAUCCUCACUCACCGCUUCAGGACGUUAAUCGGUUUAGUUACGAUUUCAACCGACCGACGCCCAUUUCGCAAACGGGUUCUACCGGUGGUCCUGCACCGACUACCGUCAGUACGACUACCACCACCACCACUACCCAGUUCCCGACGGCAACGACCUUACCAAGGCAGCAGUACUAUCAACACCAUUACAACCAGUAUCAGUUCCCGGGAGAGCACAGCUUCCACAAUCAUCAAUCCUCCUCACCUGUCCUGGUAACGCCUGUAAACGAGCUAAGUGAGAACGGUUGGUUCAGCAGGGAGAAGUACCUUACGACGGAGAAACCGAACGUCUUCAAGAACCUUUUCCGACCGGUGGAGAGCGAAUACAAGCAGCACAAACUGAUGCAUCCCGCCUAUACUGGGCUGCCGCCAAACCGGCGACCCACGGCGACAGCUUCCUCGACAACGACGUCUACUGCUGCAGGCCCCACCACUAACUCUCCAUGGGAUCAAUCGACAGAAGAACCGAUCAUAACGCAUAGCUUCUUCACGAUCGAGGAUGCGAUCGCUGAUCCGACGCUGAUCCCGCCGAGGUCCAAGAACAAGUACAAGUACACAACGGAUGCCGAGGAGGAAAAUCGUCAGGAAGAUCUGCAGCUAGAAAUCGUGACGAUUGGCCCGUUCUUCGGAUCGGAGGAGUCUCCUAUACAGCAAGUAGUAACGACACCUGCACCAACCAGAGCCCAAGGUUCGAAGGGAGCCAAUGGGCAACAUCAUCGUCGAAGACGUCCAAAACCACAUCAUCAGAGUAGCACUACGACGGAAUACACCACUGAGCAGGACUCUACGGAAUCGACCACGAACGCCUUCAGUCCGAGCAUCAACACGGUUGAUAAUCGCAACCGAAAUCGUAUCCGUUUCCGUCCAAAGCCCGUUACCACCGUAACGUCUCCGAUCACGGCAAUGGUGGAGACGGAAGCGGCAACUACAAACCUACCCACUCCACCGCCACUGCCAACGUUCGUGUCUAGCGAAGAGUUUGACGGUGCAGUAAUUAAGAAGUUCCGCAAGAAGCCCCACUUCACGCGCAACCGUUUCAAUGUGCUCAACCAGCGGGAAGAGGAGAAAAAUUCGGUCCUCGACCAAACGGAACCCUCGCUGGCAACGCCAACCCUGACGACGGUUUCCUCCACUAGCACUUCAACGUCUGCGGCCGUUAGUAUACCCGUGGAAGCAUCACCCUCCCUGCCAUCCCUUGGAGGAGGUUUUCGAUCACGUUACCGGCCAGCUUCUACGCAGCAAAAGGGCAAAGAUUCUCAGGAAGACACGCAACCAAUCAAUGGCGAUGGUUUGAAACUGAAUUCCCGGCUACCGGGUCGGCUUCCACCGACGGCAGCAUCGUCCACCGUUGCUACCUCAACUGACCUUGCAUCGGUAUCCCUGUUUAACUCGGACGAAUCGAGCAUAAACUCUUCCGAGCCACAAAACCGAACACGUGGAGGAGAACACAAUCGACCGCGCUUUAGCAUCAAGGAGUACCGAAACAAACUGAACCGAACUGUAGCCAGCACUGCCGGUCCAACGAGCACAGUUGCACCGUCAGUUGGUGAUCUUGAAACGACAGCCGCACCAAAGCUCCGUUUUCCAACGCGCAAUCGUUUCCUGGUGAAUUCACGGCUUAAUAAGACGGUGGAUUCAAAUGACGUCCUUCCAACCGGUACUGGUGGUGUUACAACGGAAAAGACAGCCAACGAGACGACGACUAGAAGUUCGUUCAGACCGCACGGUACACGCACGUACAAUCGAUUCACGGUGAAAAAACCUUCCACGGAAUCACCUCAGACUGCUACGGCUGCUGGAACUGGAACGCGCGGUCAAGCAUCAGGCGGAGCUAACCUAACGAACCGUGGACGUACCAAGACGGCUUAUGAUCAGGCAGUAGCUGCCAACCGUACGCUUGCGGCUGGAACGUACAAUACCACAGCAUCGCUUAUUAACCGACGACCACCGAAGAUCACCUUACGGCAGCGCAUACAGAACUAUAACCGUAAGAAGGAGAUGGAACAGACAAACACAGCGACCGGGGGUGCAAAUGAUGAGACGCUAAAGCGUGAGGAGGUAGCUGACAUUCCCUCGGUGGACCAGAACAGCGUGUUGGCGACCUCCGGCGAACAGAAUCGUCCGAUCGAUGAUCUGGGUACGCUUGGUGAUCGGUUCGAAUCUUCCAACGGUGGAACGGACGAUGUGACGACACGGUCCAGCACGACCGAAAGCUAUCGACAUCACGAAACGGCUAUAAUGAAGAUAUCGCCCAAAGAUCCGAACAGUGCCACCGCUGCUACCAACGGCGAUGAUUACGAUCUUAACAGUGCGUCGUCGGACUAUUCGAAGCGCGUGGUCGAACUAACACUGUCCGGCACGGGUAGCAAGGAUCGGGGUAACUUUAAGUCCGUCAACAAGGGUCUACUGUCGCGCAAGGUGCCAGGCUACUUUACACUCGCUACCGAGGAUCCAAUCCUACCGAUUGAGGCAUUUUUCCCGCAGGUGAAAAAACCAAGCGGUGGUUUAGCGUGAUCGGUAAAUCCUUACGCAUAGAUAAUUGCAAUUUUGCCAGUGGCUUUCGCGUCCGAAAAUUCCGUUCUUGCAUCAUCAAGAACGAUCAUCCCUCCUUUUAGCUCUAUCAUGCAUGUAGCAAUGUGUUUUGCUUCUGCAAAGGUGUGUGCGUGUGUGACCCGGUAAUGGAUUUGAACGCCCGUAGUAUUUAAAUGGCAAGUAUUUAACAUGUUUUUGUAACCAGCCAACACAGCCCGGUGAUCAUCACCACUGGGAGAGCAUUAGAACCGCAGUAUAGGAUCAAGAGUAAGAUCGUGCGCGGUGUUAAGGGUGGUUCCGUCUUGAAGCCAGAAAGCUAGAAACGAAAUGCACUAUCGGAACUGAUUGGAACCGUUAACAGGCACGUUCGCCGUAUAGUACUGUAAAUUAUGCAAAACCUUUACUUUUAAGUAACGUUUUUAGUUUAGUAGGAACAAAAGAAGUUCGAUGGCAAAGGGAAUGAGUUUGUCGCGUGUUAAAUGAUUGGCUCACUGCAGGUGCGUACUUUUUAAUUCUCAAAGAUUUUAUUUAUUACUUUCCACUUACUUUCCUACUUUUACAAUUCGUUCUAUAAGAUUCUGCCUUUCACUGGUAGGCACAAACAAUGGUAGUGUUUUAUUAGCUACGCGCCUUGAGGAAGAUUGGAAAGGAUGAGUUCAACUUUUAUAAAUGUGGUCUGCAUUCGGUGUCCUGGUAUUUGUGAGCGUGUUAUUAGACGUGCUUUUUUUUUAAACAACACACCUCUUGUACUAUACAUUAGCUUAAGCACAAAAAAAAUCGUUUACUCAUGCGCAAACGAAACAAUGAGGAGUGAGAAAAUUGAUAAGGUGAAUGAAAAAGAAAAGAUAAUAAAGAUUUGUAAAUUAUCGAUGAGCUACAACAGAAACAUCCAAAA